AUGUCUUCGAGUGUGGCCUACAAUCCCUUUGAAGAUUUCUCCAAUCUCGCACAGUAUGAGCUGCCCAAUGAGAUGUUCUCCUUUGAGGACGAGCUCAUGGUUUCCCACCUGCCUCUCCAGCUGCCGGCAGCCACGUUACCCGACCAUGAACCCCAGUUUUACAGCUCCGGCGCGUUCGAACUCACCAGCGACUACUCCUCGCAGGAGGAAAGCGUGUCUACUGUGGUAACGACAGAAUCCAUCAAGCCCCAGACUGCGUUAUUUCCGCCUGCGAGCGCAUGCACACCUCCGCCCGAAAGAACGGGAGACUGUAUUUCGCGAAGAGAAAGCCUUGACAGCGAAUUCGACUUCAAGGCGUUUGGCCAGGACGAGCUGACCAUUUUGAGCGAGUUUGACGACUACGAGCAGCCGCUCGAGGUCGAUUUGGACGCAAUCGAGUCGAAAUCAUAUCCGCUCGUUCGCGGUCUGAAUAGCGGUGGAUCCACGACCAAACCACCUCCGCCAGACAGAACGGGACGGUCGCAGUAUCUCAAAUGCAAGCUGUCGAUUUUGGACGGCGACGAGGAGAGUGUGUGCCUGCCCGAGUGGAACGAGCACGAGAAGGAGGACAAGCGUCGCAUCAUCCGGGUUGAGCGUCGUCAGCGCAUAAACGAAGUUAUAGUGAGCUUCCACAUUCUUGGCCCUGCAGAGCAGCACGAGACACGGCCGGCGCCGGACGGAGUCGACUUCGUGGAGGUGUCGUGUUUGGAAUGCUACCAAAAUUUGGAUUACUCGGAGGACGACGACACCACGGUGGUGACGCGAGGCGGAGUGGAGUCUCUGAGCCGCCAGUUUUACAUAACCAGCGUGGAGGUUAUCAAGAUUGUCGAGCUGCUGAUAGGCAGCCAGAGCACCAAUCAGAAGGAGCGUCGAGCAGAAAGAGGACGCAUCAGAUCGAAUCUGGUGCCGUUCUGGUCGAAAAAGCCAAUCAGCUCAAAGAAGGUGACGUCUUCCGACUCGGACGGCGAGUUUGUCGGAAAGACGAACGCAGACCUCCGGAACGAACUAGCACAGAGAAUUAUGAGUUAUGAGACUAGAAAGCCUCGUCGGUUCGACAAGGAGGUGAGAGUUCUGGAAUGGCGCAAGCUUGUUCCGGCUCUUCGGCGCGCGUUGCAGAGCUACUAUGUUAAGAUUCCGAACGAUGUACUAUAG